AUGGCCGCUGCCGGCGGGGGCGUGUCGCGGCGGGGGCGUGUCCCGACGGGGGGGCGUGUCGCGGCGCGUAAAGUGGCAGCGCGACGGAACCAAGCUCCUCUCCCCUGCGGCGGCCGGGGGCUGCCGGUGGGUGCCGAGGGCUGGCUGCCGCGCCUGGGGGAGCCGCUGCCGCGCCGGGAGCCGGCCAGCCGGGAAGCGAUGCUGCGGAUGCUGGACGCCGGGCUGGAGCGAUGCCUGGCGCUGCAUUCGGCGUACAUCCCCGUGCCCCGGCACAGGAAGCUCUCGGGCAAGGCGGGCAUCGACGAGGUGAUGGCAGCCACGGUGCUCACCAGCCUCUCCACCAGCCCGCUGGUGCUCGGUCACCCGCCGGCCACCCCUGCCCCAGAGCCCGGCGGUGAGGUCUGGAAGGAGGCGCCCACCAUGUCCUCCAGCUGCAGCAGCAGCAGCAACACCAGCGGGGACUGGAGCUGGGACCCCCCCAGCGACCGCUCCACCCCCUCCACCCCGUCGCCCCCACUCUCCAGCCACGUCCCCAGCACCUUCCUGCCCGCCCCGCUGCCGGACGAGGGCCCCGACGAGCCCGACGGCACCCACUUCGUCUUCGGAGAGCCUGUCCCGCGGAAGAGGAAGAACUCCACCAAGGUGAUGUUCAAGUGCUUGUGGAAGAGCUGCGGCAAAGUCCUCAGCAGCUCCUCAGGGAUGCAGAAGCACAUCCGAACCAUGCACCUUGGCCGGAAAGCUGACCUCGAGCAGAGCGACGGCGAGGAGGACUUCUACUACACGGAGCUGGACGUGGACGUGGACUCGCUGACGGAUGGGCUCUCCAGCCUGACGCCCGUCUCGCCCACCUCCUCGGUGCCGCCCGCCUUCCCCGGCCCCGAGGCGCAGGGUCCGGCGCUGCCGAUCCCCGACCUGGCACUGGCCUCCCCCCGCAGCCCCCCGGCCCCCCCCGGCCUCUGCCACGUCCACACCGACCACGCGUACCAGGGCUGCCCGACCCCCCCGCGGCCACCGGUGCCCCCCACCGCGCCCGUCCCGCCGCCGCCCAAGCCGCCUGCCGUCCCCAGGAGGCCGCGGGGGGAGGCCAAGAAGUGCCGCAAGGUGUACGGCAUGGAGAACCGGGAGAUGUGGUGCACGGCGUGCCGCUGGAAGAAGGCCUGCCAGCGCUUCCUCGACUGA